AAAUCGUCACAGUAUCCAGUAAUUAAGUGUUAACCAGUUGAUGCCGUACUGAUGUGUUACAGUCACCCUGUGGUUACACACCUAGUCCCCUAAACCUUGCAAUGUGGGGAGUUUCUUUUUUCCCUUGGAGGCAUAUCUUAUCACACAUGAGAUCAAAUACAAAAGUAGGAGGCAAAGGAGGAGGAGAAGACCGUAACCAGAAUUAUUUCAGUCUGGUUAUUUGAGAUCUGCUUUAUGUUACAGCGGGACACUUAUCCACAGAUAAUCACAGCCCUGGAAAGACUCGUUCUGCAUCAGUAUGGACUGGUCCGGCACCUUUCUCCUUCUCUUCAUCCUCUUCCUCUCGUCUAUCAUCCUGAGCUACAUGAAGAUCUUCAAAGAGAAGGCAACACUUCCUCCAGGACCUAUGCCCAUUCCAUUUCUGGGAAAUCUUCUUCAGAUCAACACGAAUGACAUUGUCAGCACACUCAUGAAGCUAAAAGAUAAAUAUGGGCCAGUGUAUACCCUGUACUUGGGCCCUAAACCAGGGGUCGUCAUAUGUGGAUAUAAAGCAAUGAAGGAGGCCUUGAUUGACCAAAGUGAAGCGUUUGGUGAUAGAGGAGACUACCCUGUUUUCUUGAACUUCAUAGGAGACCAUGACUUAGGAUUUACCAAUGGUGAUAGCUGGAAGAUACGCCGACGCUUUGCUUUGCAGACACUGAGAAACUUUGGCAUGGGGAAAAGGACUAUAGAAGAGAGAAUCCUGGAGGAGGCGCAGUUCCUCAUCAAAGAGUUUAAGAAAACAAUGGGUUCUCCAGUGAAUCCUACAAAAUUCUUGGCUAAUACCGUAUCUAAUGUCAUUUGCUCCAUAAUCUAUGGCAAUCGCUUUGACUAUGAGGACAAGAGACUGAAAGCCAUCACUGGCAGUAUAUAUAACAACUUCAGUAUCAUGAGCAGCACGUGGGGGACUCUCUACAACAUGUUUCCGGGUCUUAUGGAAUAUGUUCCAGGUCCACAUCAGAAAAUGAGAAGAUAUUUUCAAGACAUCUAUGACAUCUCAGAUGAUAUGAUCAAGAAUCAUGAGGAGACACUUGAUCCAAAAAAUCCUCGAGAUUAUAUAGACUGCUUCCUCAUCAAAAUAAAAGAGGAAAUGGAUAACCCAGACAGUCCCUUCUAUGCCAAAAGUUUACCAAGAACCAUUCAAAAUCUGAUCUUUGGUGGAACAGAGACUGUCAGUACCACUCUACGAUACGGAAUCCUGAUCCUUAUGAAAUAUCCAGAGACAGCAGAGAGGAUUCAAGAGGAAAUUGACAGAGUUAUAGGACGAGAUGAAGUUCCAUCUAUCGCACACAGGAGUAAGAUGCCCUACACGGAGGCUACGAUCAAUGAAUUCAUGAGAUUCUGUGAUGUUAUACCUAUCAGUCUUCCACGCUGCACAGCAAAGAAUACACAUUUCAGAGGAUUCUUCAUCCCAAAGGGCACAUAUGUCACCCCACUUCUGACCUCCGUUCAUUACGAUCCAGAAUAUUAUGCUGAACCAAAUAUAUUCAACCCCAACAAUUUUUUGGACGAGAACAGUGUUUUUAAGAAGAAUGAUGCUCACAUGCCCUUUGCAGCUGGAAAGCGAAUCUGUCCCGGAGAGAGUCUGGCCCGAAUGGAGCUCUUUCUGUUCUUCACAUCUUUGCUGCAAAAUUUUACCUUCAAACCCACAGUUUCAAAAGAUGAAUUAGAUAUCAGACCAAUAGGAACCGGGCUUGGGAGUAUUCCGCCAGAGUACAAGUGCUGUAUUGUACCUCGCUAGCCUCUUAUAGUCUAUGAAAAAUGGCUACAUGUUAUGUAAUUAAAUAUACCCUUAAAAAGUAGGAAAGAAAACUUGGAUAUCUAAAACUCUAUUAAAACAUGUACUAUAUCCUAAUACUUAACCCUUUGAUAAGGGAUAGAACAUAAAAAAAUAUAAUGGGUUGUAUGGUUUAUAGACCCAAGGCUAAUAGGUUUAGUUACAAUCUAAAAUGAACCUAUCUUUUUUUUUUUGCUUCAUAAAUCAGUAGUACAAUAUACUAUAUAUGAAAUAUUGUAAUAUAUCCUACUGGAAUAAGUGGUAUCUAUGGUAUCUACUAGUGUCUUGUACUUCUACAAAAAAAAAUCCAUCUUGUAUAGAGACAGGAAGGAGGGAGAUGAAGCUGCAGUAUCUCUUCCCCAGUGUGUGUGAGAAGUUGUUAUAGGGAAGGAGGAGACAUCUGACUGGAGAGAACAUACAGAACAACUGAGCCAUCCCAACAUACAUCCUGAAUAGAAAACAUAGGGAAGAAACUAUAUAGAUAAUAUGCCAGGGCAAAUACCAGGGCAGCUAAAUUCCUCAUCUGUCACCCCCCAAUUAUAUUCACUUUUUCUGUAAAUGUAUGAAAUUGUACACGUGGAAUGUUUGCAAAUGGUGGACUUGGGAUUAGUGAUAUUACUCCUGAAAUAUCAUUUUAUGUGGCACCUGUAAGAUACACAUUCAAAUGCUGAUGUAUCUGCACUACACGGUUUAUAAUCUUACAUGUAAUAGUAGUAUCUUGUCAAGAAAUAAAGGUGAUUUCA